GGAACGAAACACAGUGUGGGGAGAGCUGACCAACGCAAAUUUCUUGUCAAUCUGCAUUGAAGUCAUUUUGAUUAUUUAAAUGCACCGUAUAAUGCAGUAUUUGUAUGCCAGUCAGAGGAAAGGUGCAGAAUAUGCUUACAUUAAUCUGACAGACCUGCAUCCCGUAUAGAUAAAAAAAAAAGUGAAGCUGUGCUCAGAACUGCUCUCCUCAUCAACAGCAACAAUAAAAUUCUUUAAAAGAGAAUAUGUGAACAAGGUGGGCUAACCAAUACUUUACUCUUAAAUAAUGCCAGGUUUGGUUCUUAAAAACAAAAAGACAACAUUUUAUUCAUCCCGCAGUGGGGAAAUAUACAGUGUUGCAGGAGCAGAGGGCGAUAGAACAGUGACACACAUCGGUACAAAGUGUAAAGAGUAGUAAUUAGUUAUGCUGUUUGUUGUUACAAACACUAAUUCAUGUCUUUCACAUUUCCAAAUUUAUAUCUUAAAUUGACAUAUUACAUUAACGUCAAUUUUGAAACAAUAAAAUAUGAAAAUCAAACUAUUUGAGUGUAAACAACCCAACUACUUAUGUUCCCGAGAACCUCCCCCUGUUCUUAUGCCUUUGUGGUCAAAGGGGAGUGCUUGGAGCUGUACUUUUUUUUUUUAAGAAGAUGUUUGUUGCUGUUACUGUGUAGACCAUAUACUGUAUAUUAGCCAAAUAUUGUAGAUGUUUCUGCAGAUUGGUUUAUGUUUAACGUCUGUAAUGUGACUUUAAGACUCUGUAUGUCUUGUAGUUCAUAGUGCACACAUUUUAGAUUAAACUUUAUUGUCAGUGCACAUGCAAUUCAGCAUCUAACCAUGUAUGAGACCAUAGUAUACACACGUGAGUGAGCAAGGUAUACACAAUGACUGAGGUGCUGUGAACAUAAUACACUAAAGGAAGUUGCAGAUGGUAAAUUAGGCGAUACAAAAUGCAGAUAAAGUGAGCAUUAAACAGUGCAAUAUUCGGUACAUAAUACAGUGAAGUCCUGUUUCUAUGGCAUUUAAAAUGGCAACUCUUUAAAGUGCAAAUAAACCUGCACUUGGCAUGGGAAUAAACUAACCAGACGCCUUUAACCAAAGAUACUGGCCCACUGCCUUUACUGUAUUUGUUUUCAUUCUGCACAGCCCACCAAUCGCAGUUCCGAGUGGGAGGGGCCUUGUCUUCCUUCAUGGUAGCCACGCCCCUAUGUUCGGGUAACACCGCUUCAUACACACACACUGUUGUUAGCGACAUAGCCACUACGGCCAAUUUCAUUUUUUGACAUUUCCGUUUGCGACCACUUUCCAGGACUUCACUUCUUAUCACCGCCGGGUGAAUGCACGAGUAGCGGGUUUCUGGGAUCCGUUACACCCGGCGGCAGUUGCUCGAGCCUCUUUGAGCAUGUGUAUACAAUGAAGAGGCGUGUGGAGGACCAGGAACCAAUAUUUGCGCAACAGCAAUCACGCCGGCCCCCAGUUCAAGGUAUCGCAGAAAGCUUCCAGCACCGGGCCCUAGCCCCAGCCACUACUGUGACAGAGGGAGCUGCAGACAGCAUGCAGCCAUCAACUGGCAUCCAGUAUUCUGUCCCCCAGGGCUACCAGACGGUGCCUACACUGCCCCAGACUACGAGUGGACAUGGACAUGCACAUGGACACAACAGUACUGCCCCCCACGUUGGUCCCCACGCACACACCCUAGCAGUUCAGUCACAAGGUCCUGCAGUGGUCCAAGGCCAUGUUCAUCCACCUGCACCCAUGACUUCGAGUCAAGGACAGCAGCAGUUUCAGCGACUGAAGGUUGAAGAUGCCUUGUCCUAUCUUGAUCAAGUUAAGCUGCAGUUUGGGAAUCAGCCACAAGUUUAUAAUGAUUUCCUUGACAUCAUGAAGGAGUUCAAGUCUCAAAGCAUAGACACUCCUGGAGUCAUCAACCGGGUGUCCCAGCUCUUCAAGGGCCACCCAGACCUCAUUAUGGGGUUUAACACUUUCCUGCCACCUGGAUAUAAGAUUGAGGUUCAAACCAACGAUCUGGUCAACGUGACCACGCCAGGCCAGAUCCAUUACAUCACCCCACAUGGUAUUUCUGUUCAGAACAUACCCGUAAGUGGAGCACCUACCCAACCCGUGACCCACCACCAGCAUCAGAAUCUGCCACAGCCUGGUUCAAACACUACCACCACCCCACCUGUAGCUGCCCAACCUGCUCCAAACAAAACCAGCAAGCCAGUUCAGUCUCCAGCCCACACACCCACCAGCCAGCCAAAUCCAUCCAUCCCAUCUUAUGCCUCACCACGCUCACCUUCAGUUCAGUCCCACACUCCUGUCAGCAGCACGCCAUCCAGUGGGCCACCUCUCCAGAACAACCAACCUGUGGAGUUCAACCAUGCUAUAAAUUAUGUUAACAAGAUCAAGAACCGCUUCCAGGGUCAGCCAGACAUUUACAAAGCCUUCCUGGAAAUCCUGCACACUUACCAGAAGGAACAACGAAAUGCUAAGGAGGCAGGAGGCAACUACACCCCAGCACUGACUGAGCAGGAGGUCUACACCCAAGUGGCAAGGCUUUUUAAGAACCAGGAGGACCUGCUGUCAGAGUUUGGACAGUUCCUGCCGGAUGCAAACAGCUCCAUGCUGCUGGGUAAGACUACACCAGACAGGGCAGAGUCGGUUCGGAACGAUCAUGGCGGCACAGUGAAGAGACCCAUACUGAACAACAAGCAGAGGCUGAGCCAGAACGGACUGCCACUCAGGAGACCCGCUGGAGUGGGUGUCACACCCCCUGUCAAGAAGAAACUUAAAAUAAUGGGUAAGGACCAUGGCAUGGCCGAAGUCAGCAAACACAGCACCAGCACCGAAACCAUGUUCUUUGAGAAGGUGAAGAAGGCUCUGAGGAGCUCUGAGGCGUAUGACAACUUCCUGCGGUGUCUGCACAUCUUCAACCAGGAAGUAAUUUCACGCACUGAGCUGGUCCAGUUAGUUAUUCCAUUUCUUGGAAAAUUCCCAGAGCUUUUCACGUGGUUCAAGAACUUCCUGGGCUACCGAGAGUCCAGUCACGGAGAGUCCAGCCAUGCAGAGACUUUGCCCAAAGAGCGUGCAACAGAGGGCAUCGCCAUGGAGAUCGACUACGCUUCCUGCAAGAGGCUGGGGUCCAGCUAUCGAGCACUGCCCAAGAGCUACCAGCAGCCCAAGUGCACAGGAAGAACGCCACUGUGUAGAGAGGUUUUGAAUGACACAUGGGUGUCGUUUCCAUCAUGGUCCGAGGACUCCACAUUCGUGAGCUCCAAGAAAACUCAGUAUGAGGAACACAUUUACAGAUGUGAGGAUGAGCGCUUUGAGCUGGAUGUUGUUUUGGAAACCAAUAUUGCAACUAUUCGAGCCCUGGAGACAGUGCAGCGGAGGCUUUCUCGCAUGUCGGCCGAGGAGCAGCUGCGCUUCAAGCUGGACAACACGAUGGGUGGCUCCUCUGAGGUCAUUCACCGCAAAGCUAUCCAAAGGAUAUACGGGGACAAAGCCCCAGACAUCAUCGAUGGGCUCAAGAAAAACCCCGCUGUGUCUGUUCCCAUUGUGCUAAAAAGAUUAAAAAUGAAGGAGGAAGAGUGGAGAGAAGCUCAGAGGGGCUUCAACAAAAUCUGGCGGGAGCAGAAUGAAAAAUAUUACCUGAAGUCACUCGACCACCAAGGGAUAAACUUCAAGCAGAAUGACACCAAAGUCUUGCGUUCAAAGACCUUGCUCAAUGAAAUUGAGACGUUAUAUUAUGAUCGCCAGGAGCGAUCAUCAGAAGAAACCGCUGCACCGCCACCGAGCGGCCCACACAUGAACCUGACGUACGACGACAGCCAAAUCCUGGAGGACGCCGCUGCCCUCAUCAUCCACCACGUCAAAAGACAAGUGGGCAUCCAGAAAGAAGACAAGUGCAAGAUCAAGCAGAUCAUCCACCACUUCAUUCCCGACCUGCUGUUUGCACGGCGAGGGGAGCUCUCUGAUGUGGAGGAGGAGGAGGAAGAGGAGGAAGAAGACAUGGAGGUGGAGCAAGACGGGCCCAAGAAGCACAACGGUUUGCCGGGCAGCAGCCCUUCCAAAUCCAAGCUCCUGUUCAGCAACACGGCCGCUCAGAAGCUGCGGGGCACCGAUGAAGCCUAUAACUUGUUCUUCGUGAACAACUACUGGUACACCUUCCUUCGUCUUCACCACAUCCUCUGCUCGCGUUUGCUGCGGAUCUACGGGCAGGCCGAGAAGCAGAUUGAGGAAGACACACGUGAGCGAGAGUGGGAAAGAGAAGUGCUCGGCCUCAAAAGGGAGAAAAAUGAAAAUCCAGCGAUUCAGCUGAAGAUGAAGGAACCAAUGGAUGUUGAUGUAGAGGACUAUUACUCAGUGUUUCUGGAAAUGGUGCGUAAUCUUUUGGAUGGAAACAUGGAGCCUGCCCAGUAUGAGGACUCCCUGAGAGAAAUGUUUACUAUCCAUGCCUACGUUGCCUUCACCAUGGACAAACUCAUACAAAGCAUUGUCCGGCAGCUCCAGCACCUUGUUACUGACGAUGUGUGUGCGCGUGUCACGGACAUGUACCUGAGCGAAUGUGCCAACAAAGCCACGGGAGGCACGCUGUCCACGCAGACGUCCAGGGCCACAGCAGAGGGGGCCUACCAGCGCAAAGCAGAGCAGCUCAUGUCAGAUGACAACUGCUUCAAGUUGAUGUUCGUGAAGAGCCGAGGAGCCGUCAGUCUGGCCAUGGAGCUGCUGGACACGGAAGAGGAGAACUCCGAUGAGCCAGCAGAUGCAGAAAGGUGGUCAGACUAUGUGGGCAGGUACCUGAACUCGGAUUCUGCUUCCCCAGAGCUGCGUGAGCAUCUGGCCCAGAAGCCGGUGUUUCUCCCCAGGAAUUUGAGAAGGAUACGAAAGUGCCAGAGAGGAUGGGAGCAGCUGCAGCAGGAACGAAUGACCAAGGGCCCCUCGGACAAAUCGCAGGACGGCAACAGUGAGCUGAAGAUGGAGUGCAUGUUCAAGCUGAACUCCUACAAGAUGGUGUAUGUCUGCAAGUCAGAGGACUAUAUGUACAGGCACACAGCGCUCACACGGGCUCAUCAGUCCCAGCAGCGGGUGAACACUCGCCUGCACGGGCGCUUCCAGGCCUUUCUGGACUCCUGGGCCAAGGAGCACGUGACCAGUGACAUGGCGACCAACAGCCGCAAGUGGCUGAUGGGAGACGGACAAGAAGAUCAGUUGUCCUGCACCACCACCUGCACCCCCGAGGUCCUCCACUAUCUCAACAUCAACAAGUACCGGGUGAAGUACAGAACACUGUAGUACACGCCUCUCCAUAAAGUCUUCACACAACAAACUGCCAGGGAUGAGUUCUCCAACCCGCCGUGACCGGAUUGAGUUGCCAACAUGUUUUUAGGUUGUUGAUCCGUGAUUCAAAUGUAAAACUUUCCACUUCACACACAUCAUUCAGGAAUCCACCUUUCGAGCUUACACUGCAAGUUCUGCAACAAAUAUCUAACAGGAGUUACUGAAGUUUAAGUCUUGAUGACUCACACUGAACGAAGAAUGACACGUUGAUGUCGAUAAUCCAUACAGUAGAAAAACCCACCUCUUUAGUUGUUUUAUACGUGAGAUAAAUAUCUCUUUAAAGGUUCUCUUUGGUGCAGUUUGAUAAAGAAAACACGUUAAAGAUUUUCUUAAAACUCCGCUCAGAUGUGAAGAGAAAUGAAAACUGAACAACCUCAGAUUUUCUCUUUAGGUAGCAACAACCAGUACCGGCUACCUUCCUUAAAAAUGUGUAUAAUCGGACUUCCAGCUGUAAACUUGUAAAGCCUGUGAAUGUUUUUGAUUCCUGCGGCAUAUUCGACGUGUCUGCCGACCGCUGGGUGGAUGUACAAUGCCAGCCAUAUGUACAAUAAUUUAUGAUUGCCCAAAUACGUUGUGUAAAUAUACUGUUUAUAUCUUCUUUUUUUUUUUUUAUUGGAUAUCCUCGAUGUGUAGCGUACAUUAACACACAUACUAUCGAUCUUUAGCUAGAGGUUGAAGAGAAUUUUUAUUAACAUUUUUUUUUUUUUUUUUUACCAAAGGUUGUUAAUUAGAGACCUUUAUUCGUUUUUGUUUUUGUUUUUUUUUGGUCUGUGUUGUCCCUGAAGUCUUUGUUUGGUAGGAAAGUUCUCAUUUUUGAUGUGAUUUCAGUUCUUUUCCGUGCAUUUUUUUCUACCUUCAGGCGUAAGUAUCACUGGUGGUUUUAAGAUGACUGAAUGUAGCUGAGCGGCAGUUUCUCCUUUUUGACAGAAUAGUGUACUGCAUGUCCGUCUAUCAAAGUACUGAAGUCUUAACAGUACUUUUUGUUGUAUUUAAACCUUAAAAAAAAAAAAAUGACUAGAACCCGUAUUAACAGGUUCAAUAGUGGCACAACGAACCCCCAAGGAGAACUCUAAGCGAGUUGUGUUCGUUUUUCUACGGCCAGUGUUGAAGAUAAACACUUACUGACGUAUUCUCGUCUAUACGUGAAAGUCAGCCGCGUGGCUUGUGUACAGUUUAAAGAUCAAGAAAAUAAGCAAUAAUUCCUUCAGUUGCAGUUUAUCAACCUGUCAGUUUUUAUUUCCUGCUUUAAUACAAAUGUGAAUGUUGUAUGCCCUUAAAGGAAGGCCGUAAAGAUUUUUUUUAUUGCCUUUUCCUCCCUGUGGUUUAUUAAAGUUGGAAUUGGCACUGUUGUAGAUAUUGUAGCUAAGUUGAAAGAUAGAUUUACAUCACACUAAAUGCUGGAAAGUGUGUUCCACGUUGAACGAGCAAAUAGAUUCUGGUAAAUUUAACCUAAAAACCAUUCGGUUUAAUAAUUUUCACAUACGCAGACAAACACACUGGUAUAGAUGUGCUUCUGAGACCGAAAAGAAGCUGCUGAACAAAAUGUCACCCUCAGUUUAAGGCAGUGGUCAGUAACCAGCUCCAGACAAUCUUGGAACAGUUUUAUUACUUGGCUUUUUAUUUUUAUAUUCACCGUGUUCAAAGAAGAAUACCACAGGAAGUUCGGAGGGAGCUGAUUGUACAUAAAGACAUCGUUUGUACCUCGUUUAUUGUGUCUCUGCUCUUGACUUUUAUGAUGUACAUGAGUGUUAGUAUGGUGUUUGCCAUUAAACUAUCCUUUGAGUAGAAAGAA